CCGCGGAGAGAGAAGCGCCUGCGCGCAACCGCAUUGGAGGGGCCAUCCGCCGGGCUGCCCGCGGCCCGCGGCGGGCGCUCCCGCCCCCCCCCCCCCUCCGCGCGGGCCCCUCUGGGGAGCUGCGGGGGGUGGCCGCGGCGGGAGCAGGUGCGCGGGAGCUCUGGCGACCCCCCUUGGGUGCCAUGGGCCCCGCGCCGCAGCGCGCCAAGCGCCGGGCCUCCCAGGGCAGGCCAGGCGCGGGGCAACGGAAGUCGGCCCCCCGGCGAGGGCUGCUCGGCCUCAAGGUGAAGGAGAAGUGGCUGCAGCGCAUGCGCGGGCUGCUCCGCAACGGGGAACGGUUCAAGCCCAAGCGAGUGGAGGUGCGUGUGUUCCACCCCGGGGCGAAGAAGUUCUUGCCCCGCGACGCGCGGUUCAAGCCAGGCAAUCGCUUCUUCCUGCUGUGCAACGGCGCCGUGUGGGGCUCGGCGCUGCUCUCCCGCGUGCAGGAGUACGCCACCGUUAAAGAGUUCGACGCGGACGCUGCAAGGCACCACGUCACCCCGAUCACGGCUCCCGGCAACGGCGACACGAGUUACCGCCGAAUCAAGGGACUGCUGCGGCAGCGCGGCCGCCUCUUCGGGUGGCAGCUCGCGGCCUUCCGGUGGCACGCGCCGGGCCGCCGCCCGAAGGCAGGCCGCUGCUUCCGCGGAGACAACGGAAUGGUACGGGUCCCCGAUUUCUCGGGCCAGGAGAAGGGCCAGGUGUGGUUCAACGGAGGCACGCUGCCCGCCGCGCUGGAGCCGUGCCAGUAGGGCACCGCCAGCCUCUGGGUCCCAGGCCUCUGGCGACUUGAAACGAAAUCGACGGCUGCCAUCUGGUACGAAUGCUCGGUACCACCGCGCCACCGCUCUGGCCUUAGAGGGCCGCGCGCACGCGAGCGUCCGUCCGUCCGUCCGUCCGUCCAUCCGGCUGUGGCGCGCGCCCACAGCAAGCAUUCGGCAUGCUUGCGGCGGGUUGCGGCCCAGCUUCCAAGCUGCUCCGGGGCGGACUCUCAGCAGUGUCUUUCUCGGUGCACUUGCCGACGUCGGCGGAUCCGAUUCCUAGAGGGCGCUGGCUGACGUACAGUGUAGGGUGGCAGUGCGCUGGCACUGCACGGCACGGGAGGGCGCCGUGGCAGCUUGUUUCAUGCAGUUCGUCCUUCCUCACCCCGCCGUCCUUGCGUUUUCUGCGCGCUUCCUCCCAACCCUGCCCUGC